GGGCAUUUUAUAACGAUGACCGAGCUGUGCGAAGGUGGGAAACUGGUUAGCGUCCGAAGCUGGAACAAAGAGCGUCCGACCGAAGUCACCGCGCACUUGUUAUGAUCCCUCACUUGUGGUCGAAGCUUUGUGGAACGAAAACGGAAGGAUACACACACGCCGAGCGAAUCACCGUCACAAACAGUGCAGCAACAAAUGGCGAGAAUAAAAAGGUGCGAUAAACAGUAAUGUCUUUUUAAUGACUGCUUUCGUGGUGUGCUUGAGCUAGAUUAUCAACGUGUCGUCGGGCAAGCGACAUGCCCGCCACAAUCACAAGGUGAAAAUCCACCCGUUGUCGGUGUUCGGUGUUCGCUGCAAACCUUCGCGCAAGGUGCUGAGGACAAUUUAAAGAAUUAGAAACAGUUACGGAAAGAUCUUCCGCUUGCAUUUUUUUUUGUUGUUGGGGGCUGAUUUGGUUCAAGUUUGUUCCUCGUCAGCACAAACCAGCUGCUGAUUGCCAUAAGUUGUGAAGCCACCGAACGAACACCGAACGUCACACCAGUGAUGGUGAGUGUCAGUGUACGUCUUGUGAUCGGUCUCACUGUUUUGCAGACUGCCGUACCACAGCGUGAGCAGGACGGUGGCAAUAAGAAUUCACUGGAAUGUGGGCUACGCAAUGCAACGGAUGGGUGGCCAUUUCACGUAGGUCUGUAUCGGGCGGAGAACAACGAAAGUUUGUACUUCUGCGGUGGCACGAUCGUAACCAGCAGACACGUGAUCGGUUCGGCACACUGCGUUAAGCCCCACCGUAGCGAGAUCCUAUCGGUGCGUUACGGUGUUACCGAUCUAACGCACCAGGAUACCGUCAACUACUGUCGCGUGGAGUCACUGAUCAUUCAUCCCAAUUAUCGGGCACCUGAUUUUAAUGACGAUAUAGCGUUACUGCAGUUGCAGGAUGCAAUUGUGCUUGGAACGCUAGCACGUCCCAUCUGUCUCUGGCCGGAAGGGACGGCACAGGACGCUGGAGACGAUCUAGAGGGCACGCACGGGACUAGUGUUGGGUGGGGCAUUGGACCACACAAUGUGUACACGAGUGUGCUUCAAAAUGCUGUCACUGUGGUGCUGCGCCAGAGCCGCUGCAUGGAAGUAUUCACUGGCAAGUUGUUCGAGCACAAUGAGUUCUUUUGUGCUGUAACGCCAGUGUGCAGUGGCAGUGGAGGCAGCGGUUUCUACGUAGAGCGUGAGGAUCGAUUCUAUCUCCGGGGGAUGACCACGUUCGGUAUCGCACCGAAGGGAUACUAUCAGUGUGGAGUCAACACGCUCACGGGGUUGCUUAAUGUUGCCAAGUACACCAGCUGGAUAAGGCAGCGUCUAGACGAGUUUGAGUCGAGCCAUCCGGAAGCGCUGGAGAAUGACACGAUUUCAAACGUAUCGGAGAAUCGGAGGCAAAACACUGAUCCUACCACCACUUGAUACGCAGCACCGUUACGGUGACGAUAGCGUAGGAAAGUAAUAAAACUUGAGAAAAAUAAAAUUUCAUACUCUAGGAUUAUC